UUCAGUUCAUGAUAAAUGUGUUGCUAGCUACAUUUUCCAACUCGGUUGGAAGGGGCUCAGGGAAGAUAAUUUCAAAUCUGGUCAGCAAUAUUGAGUCAAAGUGAUACCUGGAGAGCGCCAAAGUGACCUCCGUCGAGUGACCCCCCUGCAAUGUUGACUUUAAACGCUGUACACCAGGAAGCAUAGCUCAUACAGUGCAGGAGCACAGGAACACGGAAAACUGAGCAGAGACGCACUUUAUUCUCCCUUUUUUGGGAGGCGGGGAGGGGGGAGAGUGCGAUUGCACUGUACUAGCUAACAAAAUAAUCUGCAGUUUCCUAUGCCUGCUUCUUUCCUCUUGCUGCAUUCAAUGGUAGCUAUCAGAUCCGUGGACUAAAUCAAUGGAAUCCUGAAAUUAUGGCUGCGAAAGAGGAUCUUUAUACCAAAGUCACCCCACGGAGGCAGCGACAGAACCGGCCCGGCACCGUGAAACAUGGGUCUAAUUUGGACGUGCUUCUAUCCAUGGGUUUUCCAAAAACAAGGGCAUUGAAGGCAUUGGUGUCCACUGGAGGGAGAAGUGUGCAGGCUGCCUGUGACUGGCUGUUCUCCCAUGUGGACGACCCCUUCCUGGACGACCCCCUUCCCAGGGAGUAUGUGCUGUACCUGCGGCCCAACGGGCCCCUGGCACAACAGCUCUCCCACUUCUGGCAGCAGUCCCGCCUCACCUGCGGCAAGAACAAAGCCCACAACAUCUUCCCCCACAUCACCCUCUGCCAGUUCUUUAUGUGUGCGGACGGUAAGGUGGAGGCUCUGUGCGAGGCGCUGCAGUCCUCGGUGGGGCAGUGGAGAGGCCGGUUCCCCAGCCCCCUGCCGCUGGAGCUCUACACGUCCUCCAACUUCAUCGGCCUGUUCGUGGAGGAGGAGGUGGCCGAGGUGCUCAAGACCUUCGCCUCCGACUUCUCCACCGAGGCAGCCGCUAAAGCAGACGUGCAUGUAGAGCCGCAUAAGAAACAGCUGCACGUGACCCUGGCUUACCACUUCCAGCCCGACCACCUGCCCUCCUUAGAGAAACUGGCCAAGAGCGUCGACGUCUCCAUGGGCUGUGAUUGGCUGGCUGUGCUGUUUUCCCGUGACAUCCGAUUUGCCAAUCAUGAGACGCUGCGGGUGAUGUACCCCUACGCGCCCCAGAACGAGGACGAGCUGGAGCUGGUCCCGGGGGACUUCAUCUUCAUGUCUCCGGUGGAGCAGAACAGCACCAGCGAGGGCUGGGUUUACGGGACCUCCCUCAGCACAGGGCUGUCUGGCCUGCUGCCUGAGAACUACAUCAGCCGAGCUGACGAGUGCGACACCUGGGUCUUCCAUGGGUCUCAGUCCUUCCUCAGCUGUGCCUCCCCCUCAGGCCCAGGGGGGGCAGUGGGCGGGGUGUGUGACGGGCUUCUGGACGGCCGUCUCCUAGACGACCGCAGUCCCGGGGACCCGUCCUCCAUCAGCGUCAUCUGCCAGCCCAUGCAGGUACUACGGGUCAACACCCAAUCACGGCUGCCUAAACGGACCCUGUUUGUCUGUCGCCAUGGUGAGAGGAUGGAUGUGGUGUUUGGGAAACACUGGCUGUCGCAGUGCUUUGAUGCCAAAGGUCGAUACAUUCGCACCAACCUCAACAUGCCGCCUAGCCUGCCUGCCCGGAUCGGAGGUUACCGCGACUACGACAAGGACGGGCCAAUCACCGUGUUUGGUUCCACACAGGCCCGGCUCGUGGGGGAAGCUCUACUGGACAGCAACACGGUGAUUGACUUUGUGUACAGCUCGCCCUCCCUCCGCUGUGUCCAGACGGCUCACAACAUCCUCAAAGGACUCCAGCAGGAUGGGAAGCUUAAGAUUAAGGUGGAGCCGGGUUUAUUUGAAUGGACCAAGUGGGUUUCAGGCACCUCUCUGCCUGCCUGGAUCCCCCCCCCGGACCUGGUUGCAGCCAACCUGAGCGUGGACACAACCUACAGACCUCACAUCCCCAUUAGCAAGUUGACCGUGUCGGAGUCCUAUGACACGUACAUCAGCCGAAGCUUUCAAGUGACCAGGGAGAUCCUGACCGACUGUAAAAGCAUCGGGAACAACAUCCUCAUCGUGGCGCAUGCCUCCUCUCUGGAGGCCUGCACACGGCAGAUGCAGGGCCUCACGCCCCAGAACUCCAAGGACUUUGUCCAAGUGGUCAGAAAGAUCCCCUACCUGGGAUUCUGCGCGUGCGAGGAGCAGGGUGAUACGGGGGCGUGGCAGCUGGUGGACCCGCCCAUCCUCCCCCUCACGCAUGGCCCCAACCACAGCUUCAACUGGAGAGAGACCCUGCUGCAGGACUGAGCCAAUCACAGAACUCCUCUCUUCCUCUCAGUCCUGCUGCAGGUCUGAGCCAAUCACCCACCUCCUCUCUUCCUCUCUGAUACCCUGUCCACUCAAGCUGGCCAACGGUCACCCACACGCGCCGGUUUAAACCACGCUUCUACCCCCUAAACCCAACCCCCAACCACUCCCUCUCCAUCUUCUGUCACAUUCAAAUUGCAUGUAUAUCGCCCUCUAAUCUGGCUAUAAGACCUAAAAGUAUAUAUGGUAUUUAUAUAUAUCAAUACUUAUGCUAAUCUAGCUGUGCGUAUGAAAGCGGUGAGGGAGAUCUGAGGGAGCAGUGUCUCCCUGCAUGAAUACAUGACCCUGGUGCUAGCAGAGUGCAGGAGGCUGAACCCUGCUCUGUCUGGUUCCAAUGAAUGCCCACAUUCCACCGUGCUGGAGAAUUAACGGAUGCUGUUAAAUGAGUUAUUACCACAGAAUGAGUGUGAUUUUAGUACGAGCCCAGGGAUAGACGAGCCGUGGUUGGUCUCUGCCCGGGUGUCGCGGCGUCCGGUAAAGCACAGCUCUCUGGGUUCAUCCAGCGCUUUCUCGUACGCGUUGCUCCGGGUCCUCUCGGCCAGACGCUGGGCUCGGCUUCCCCCCGCCGCUCGCUUAAGUCCGGCUCGCUCGCACGCUGUGCAGAACCGUGAAACCUUCCUCCUGACUGAAUACCAUAAAGGUGUGAAAAGCACAACGCAAACUCCCGACAAUCCACCAACCCAGCUAAAACAAAAUGUUCCCCCAAUGUUCCCUUUGCUAUUAGGCUGACGCUUUUAUCCAAAGCAACUUACAGUCAUUAGACUGAGCUGAGGACAACCCCCCCCCCCCUUUGGAAAAUGUGGGGUUAAGGGCCUUGCUCAAGGGUCCAACACUUGUGCGGAUCUUAUCAUGGCUUACACCAGUGCUUGAACCACCAACCUUCUUAGCAACUCUUAGCAACUACGCUACAGGCUGCCCCAUGAAUGUUUUGUCAAUGUUAUAACAUUGCCACUACAUGGUAGAAACAUUUUGAGAAUGUUUUGUGUUAGCUGGAAAGUUAAAGAACUGUUCAGAUCAAGGUCAUUGGCUGGCAAGAUUUUAGAAUUUUUUCAGAAAAGAUUCACAGUGAAUUUAUACACAGGAUUGCGUCCAGGGUCGAAGAUGAGACAAAUCUCCUUCAUCAGCUCAUAACUUGUAACAGUAACAGCUGUUUAAUUUGCUAACCAUCAUUUUGACAUGGACUGUGUAGCAUUUAAGACAGUCUAAGAUUUUUUCCAAAAACUCACCAUUACCAUCUUGUCUGUUGUCUCAGAUUUGAUCUGAACUGGUCUUCUAGAUAUUUUGGCCAACCAUUACAUAACACUAGCUCUGUGGUAAAGGGAGUGUUGGGCUUAGAAAGACAGACACGCACACGUAUAUUUACAAGUGUGUGGGUACUGUAUGUGCGUGUGCGUGCUUGUGUAGUGCGAGUCCCUGUUAACCUACAUAGAUGACGUGUUUGGGAAAAUGUCGAGACACCAUGCACUGUAAAGAUCCAUUGCCCACCUUUACAUAUCAUACACGUGAGCUGUGUGUGCUGAUGCACGUUACAUUGUCAUCAUGAAGUCGUGCUCUUGCCAGUUUGCGUAAAACAGAAUCAGAGAGGUGUGAAUGGGUCCAUGUGUGUUUUUAAGAUGCAUGUGGUCGCUGUUGAGUUAUGAACGUGCGGUUUCCUCUGGAUGGAUGACCUGGCAUGUAAUUCUACAUCAGUAUGUAUCAGUAGCCAUUUCUCUGUCACGACCACGCUAAAUAACUAAAUGACCCAAGUGACAGGUCGGGUAUUGAGAGUCUUAUGAUUGUUUCAGUCUUCCUAUUUAGUGUAUCCUUCUUCUUCUUGUGUCCUGGGGUAGGACUUAUCGUAUAGCAUCUCUGUCCCUGACUAUGACAUUUCCUCAUUCGUCUCAGGUACCGCAAUAUUCAUUUUUUCAUUACUUUCAGUUUCACAGAGUCAGUCAUUUGACUCGGUUUCUAAUGAAAAUGCAGCAUAUACUUAUGGCCUACAUCCAUGGCAGAAUGUUUUUGUGGUUUUGUGAGAUUCAUGCUGGGCCUGUAUUAGUGUCUCAGAGUAGGAAUGCUGAUCUCAGAUCAGUUUUCCCCCAUGCUUGUCCUAUCCAUAUCUGUUCUGAGCUGAGAACAAAACGUGUCCUAGAACAGCUCUUCUACUCUGAGACGCUUAAAAAUAUAUACAGGCCCUGAACUCAACGUAGCAUGUAGCGUCGCUGCUCUUUUCACUGGCCUGUUAAACAGGUUGCCAGUUAAUGGUGCGUUUUCCAUUAGCGGUGACCUUGUUCUUUAAUAAGGAGGCUCAUUUUCUGCAAUCAGUCGAAUAACAUUAAGAGCAGUCCCCUCGAGGAAACUGCAGCAGAGCCUAAUAAAAGUAUAAUGAUUGGGAAAUAAUAGCGAUACUGAAAAAGAUAACUAGAGUCCUGUAUGCCCAUAAAAAGUAUACAGAGCAGUUUUGUUGUCAUGGCACGUGACCCGCUGUGGAAAGUUUUCCUAACAAAUCUGAGCACAGAUUCCACAGAACUGUGGAGAACCUGCAGUUUAAUGUAUUUAUGUUUUUUUGUCAGAUAUGUUUUUUUUUUAAAUCAGUGAGCCAAGAAUUAGCAAAAUGUUUCUUUUUCCAUGUUUACCUUUUUUGCUCUUGGGAGAAAGAGGGGCACAUUGUCAGAUUUCAGAUCAGACUCUUUAGCACAGUUAUAUUUUUAUUCACUGAAAUUAAAUGUAGUGGAGAACAUGAGACUGAAUUUUAAAAUUCCACUGAAAUAAAAAAUAUUAUACAUUUGUUCUAGGUGCUGGUAGUCAAAACCCCCUGUAAUAUUUUAUCCCUGUCGAUUUAUAAUUUAUUAAUUACUUUUAUGUUAUCAACUUUGACUGUAGGUUAUUCUUUCACUGUUGAUUCUAGGGAUAAUAAAUACAUAUACGUCUGUACGUAUGUGUCUCACUUGCUAUUGCCAAACUUCCUCUGCUUGCCAUGCUUAACAUAAUCUAUAUGCAAAACUGAGCACCUCAUAAUAUCAGAACGGUCAAAUCGACUGUCUCCCUGGGACAGCGUUCACACAGGCCUGUAACAUGUAAACAAACUCUGUGUCUGCAGAAACCGUCUGGGAUGCAAUUAAGAGGUUUAUGGACGAACGUAGACAUUGGAUUGUAAAAAUAACGGUAAAUGUGCCGGUUGCGUCGAAACGUGUAGGAAGUUGAAUACAUCGAAAGACGUGGCUGGUUACUGUCAGAAAACAAAUUUACCAGAGGGGGCGGAGCUAAAUUUCUGCGGCCAAUUAUUUUCUUAUUGUAGAGAAAAGCUAUAUUCUGUUACUGUCUUUGUAUCCAGUUAUAUGCUUUUAUUGCACCGCACACUGGAUGUUUUCACGAGCAGAUUCAGUCACACUUUAUGGUGCAAUUCAUACAAGUGUUAGGCCUGUAUAACAUAAAGCAUAUGAAAUUGUAUCAAUGAAGUUAUUAUGAAGGCCAUCAUAGCUUUUUGAUUUAUAUUACAUGGGUGCUGAAGAGUCUGAUUGAUAGUAUACUCUAUUAUCACUUUGUAGGAUUAUGUUACAAAGAGUAAUCUUGAGGAUUUCAUUUAUUUUCUGUGUAUUAACCUUCACAUGUUUGUGGAUAUGUUAAAGCACAUUUGUUUAGCCUUUCUAUAAAACUCAAGAACUCAUCAAUAAGCAUAAAAUGGUACUAGACUCUUCUCUCGCUCAUGCCUGCAGGGGACAGAUGUGACCAGUCGAACUCCUUGUCCUGUUGCGUCUCAUUUUGUUCCCGUCUUCGGUUUGUCGUAUUCUUGUCCUGAAUUUAACUGUCUGUAGGAAAUGGUUUUAGUACUUUGGGAAUUAUUGUUUGCCCCACGUGCUAUGGGUAGCCGUUCUUGUUUUCUUGUAAUUAAAAAAAGAACAAAAAAAUGUUCCUCAUGCUUUAUGAAGUGAGAUGAACUGCUGGAGUGAACUCUCCAGGGCUUUGCAUGCAUUCUAAUGGAAAUGCACCAUGAGAAAUGGGGGAUAAGUACAACAAUGCGCUGAUUCAAGGCAAACCCUUUACUUGAAUAAGAACAAAUAAAACAAAAAUAAAAAGUAAAGUUAAAAUGCUUUAUGUAUUUAAAUUAUUGUUUUAAUUUUUUAUGCAUUUACAAAACAGUGUUUCUAAAGAAUGUGUAUUCUAUUUUGUUGCAAAUGAUUGCCUCAGUAAUUAUUGAUUGUUAUAAUUAUUAUAACAACUUACCGCUUUAGAAAUAUAUAAAUUAUGUUUGCAAAUAAAUGUUUUAUUGCCA